AUGGGAUACUUUGACUGUGAAUAUAAUGCGUUGGGAAGAGAUAAAGCAGGCGUUCUUGUUAAGUGCGAAGGCUCUGAAGUAAUAGGAAUGCUGAACGGGCCCUUUGAGCCUUCUGGGGGCAUACUUAACAUGUACAGCGGCUCGGUCCGAGUCAUUAUCAUGGGAAGCAGCAAAACCAGAACCCAGUAUGCAUCACUGCAAGAGAACAUUGAGAGAAUUUUAAUGGAUCUUAUUUAUCUUAGAGACUACCCCAGGUGCGUGCUUGAAAUUAGGAUAUUUGUGGUUUCUUCAAUAGAGAAUAUCUUGGCAGCCAUACUUAACACGAUUUCUGUGCUGCUAAUCAAUGCAGGCAUUCAAAUGAAGGGAAUUCUACUUGCUGUGCAUGACUCUGCGGCAUUUAGUACAUCAGCUUAUAUCUAUUCAAACACAAAGUAUCAGAAAGUGCUCCGGGUGGGACAGCCUGCCAAGGAAGACGUUGCAAAGCUUGCAGACCUUUUAGAAAGAAUGACAUACUCGCUAAAGGAAGACUAUAAAAAGGACUGGCAGAUAGCCCUAUAUAAAUAA